GGAUUCCGCCUUCAUGGACCGUGUUGAUAUUGAAGAGAACAUCUCCCUCCCAGACGUCAAUGCUGCAUACGAGAUCCUUCGGAGCUCCCUUGCCGAUUUAGCCAAGUGUGGGAUUGUGGCUCCGGAAUGCCGAGUAGAUGUGGACCAUCAUGAAAGUAGCGACGAGUCCUAUGCAGUCGAAUCCCUGCUUCCAUCCUUUCAGGAAAUGGAAUUGAACUCGUGGACCGAACCGGAUGAACACGCCAAAGCUCUCCUGGAUAUAGCUAAGGACUGCCAGGGAGCAACCGGUAGAUGGCUCCGACGCCUGCCGGCGCUAUCCAUCGCCCGUUAUACACACUCGAGUUCUUGUUCCUUUAGUCAGGCUCUUGCCGCAAUGACGAAAGGCGUAGAAGCGUCGAGGGAAGGGCUUAAACAAGAGUGCACUGUUUGAACAGAUUUCCCGUACACAAAGCUUUUCUUGUGAGCCUGGUUCGAUGCUUGCGUGGAC